GCGCGUUACGUAGUUGGUUGCUGGGUGUGGGAGGGGAUAGAUUCGUCUUUCAAUGAACUUUCCGACAGUACUGAAAACAGUCUCAAUCUGAGUGGAGCGUUGUUGCCGAACUGUCCCUGAAUGGGAAAGAUGGCUUUUUAAACUGUCUGUUAUGAACUCUACGAACACCGUGCAUUGCAUUUGCAACGCACCCAAACGACACAUAAUUCCGACAAUAAUGGCGUCUCACACAGCUCACCCAGCUCUGUCCUUUGUGGCUCAUCCUUCUAAUCAUCAAACUCCACGUACAUUUGGACUUUUGAAUCGAAACCGAAGAAACGAUGGCGGCAUCGGUUCCCCUCUGGAAGACCCGCCUCGUCUGCCCGGUAGACCCCCUCGCUCUCUCUCCCCCACAGGCGAAUCGCAGCCAACCACAAGGGCGGAGGGAGGAGGAGCCAGAGAAGAGACAUCGCUUAAUUGGUAAUGGUCUCACUGACUGGAUGGGGGAAGAAGUGGAUUUCGCCUUGUAUUUCCCUGUCCCGCACUCCUCUCCGUCCCCUAAUUCGUCCCUUCCCCCAUCACCCCUCCAACAGGACAUCCAGGUACCCUCCGACCUGGAGGUCAUGACCUCUCUGCUGCAAGAGGAGCUUGCUCAGCUUGAGGAUUACUUCCUGUCCGAUUCUCUUUCAGAAAAACCUUUGAAAUUGGGAAAAUAUGACAAAGUUUCUCCAGCUGCGGGUCCACAGUCGUACUACCAGUUACCGUAUGCGUCGUACACCAACUCCGGCCAAUCAGAAUCAAACCCACUUCUUGUUACCCUGGCAACUGGAGAACUCGACCUGCUAAGCUUCUGUGGUGGCCCCAUUGGCAGAUCUAAAACGCCAAGACACACCCCUUAUGGUUGCAGCCGCCCUAACAGCAAUGGUCGAAAGAGAUUUUGUGAUGGGGUAAGAUUUGGAGAGGCAGUUGAGAGCAGUAUCUGGAAUUCCAAAGGAAGUAAUUCAGUGAACCCCGAGGUAGCAGUUACUAGCGGCUACUACUGCGUAGAGGAUGAAAAGGCAGUUGGGAAGGGGUGCCGUUUUGGUAGCAUGGUCGAGAUCAGAAAAUGCGGCAUACUUACAAAGGAGGAAAAAUCUUACUGUUACACAGAAGUUGGUGAGAAGAUUUGCGGGGGUUACACCUUUGGGGAUCAGUCACCUGACAUCCAUCACAAGAAAGAGGAGCGGUUGGCUUAUGGUGGGCAGGAUGUGCAGAAGAUUAUCAGCAACAACAAUGGCAUGGCGAUGGAGGCAUUUUGUGGCGAUAGGUGCACCAACAUGGCACAGACCGUUGGCUGGAAAACAGAGAUGGAGGAGGGCAGUUUUCUCCAUGUUGGUGUGGGCGGAGCUCACCACAGCUUCCUGGGUGGAGUAGAUGAACCACUGAAAACAGGAGGUCUGGAAACAGGGUGCCAGCAUAGUAGCUUUUCCAAUUUUCUGGAAGACCAAAGUUCAGAGUGCCUGUCUGGGGGAGAAGGUGAGGGGCAGGAUUUGGGAUCUGCUGGGCAUGUAGCAGCCUUGGGGCUGACGGAAGGUCACUCUGGUGCUACAUUUGCACAAGAGGUCGGUCUGGAAGGUCAUGGACAUGGACACCAGAGGCAGAAGAAGAGAGACCAGAACAAAACAGCUGCUCACAGGUAUCGUCAGCGCAAGCGGGCGGAGUUGGACUCGCUCGAGGAACAGCUUCAUGGCCUGGAGGGCCGGAACCGCGAGCUCCGGGACAAGGCCGAGUCGGUGGAGCGCGAAAUCCAGUACGUCAAAGACCUCCUCAUCGAGGUCUACAAGGCUCGCAGCCAGCGCCUGAAACAGGACGCCAGCCCAUGACGGCAGCUUCACGCAAACAUGGAAACCAACGGGAGACAGGGAAAAUAGUGGUGGAAAUAUGGGGGUUAGAAGGUAGUGGCAUGCUGUAGACGAUUUUUUUUUUUUCUUAGUUUGAAUUUAGUAGUGCCAGCCAGAUGCAUACUUUGUAUCUUGGCACUGAAUGUAUGUCCUGAGUAUGCUGUUGAAGUGGAAGCUUUUAUAAUAUCUAUGUACUGCCUGCCCAGCACUGUGAAGCAAUGAUAUUUUUAGAACAAAUGUAUUGUACAUAGCCUCUUAUUUGGGUGACAAUCAGUGAAGUCAGGUUCUCGCCUGACCCAACUUUCAGCACAGUAGCACUAUUCGACUGGUAGCUGGGUGAAUGAUACAGACAAUCUGCUUUAAAUAUGCAGGGUUAUGGGAGUGUCUCAUCUCAUCUACUGUAUGGCUUGGGAUUGUUUGUUGAAAUAUAUUACAUGUUCUUUAUAGACAUAUAUAGCAUGCUCUGUUUUUCAGUCUACAAAUCAUGCUGUACGUUUAUAUUGUAUAUCAGUGUAGGAUGUAAAAAAAUAAAUAAAUAGUACCAUCAUAUGAAAUGUAUUUUUGGUGAAAGUGUCAUAUUCAAAGAUGCUUCUGUAAUUUUCCAUAUGUACAGACGCAAUGUAGUUGAUCUCUCUCAUUUAGUGGUUUGGCUGUAUAAUUUCUGUGAUGUAUUUGACUUUCUUCUCCCCUGAAUGCCACCAGCAAAUAUCCACAGAUAUGUGGGGCACUUAUCCAUGAAGUUUAUAUAUUGUAUUAGUAAUCAAUUCAUGUCUUGACUGAAGGUGUAUAGUAUAUAUAUAUUUUUUCCUUUUAAUUUUAUCCUGGAUGUCAAUUGUGAUUCUACUAGUGAAUGGAUGUACAUGCUAAAUCAGUUAAAGUUUCCUGCAUUUAAUGUGUUUUAAGUAGCACAGCUUUUAAAAAGUAUUUUAGGACGGGAAUGCUACUGUUUACGGGUGUUGUCAGACCAUUGUUUUAUAUGAUUAAAUGUCCUAAAAUAA